UCGGUCAAAUGAAAUGUUAUGAUUUGACAUAUCAACAUUAAUUCAAUACAAAAUGCCGGGACUGAAAAUUCAAUGCGAACCUUUACCGCCGAAAUUUAAUCAACCAGGGCUGCCGCAUACUUUAUACAGCGGUAGUCGUUUUCAGGGUCAAAAGAGCAAAGGAAACAGUUACGAUGUUGAAGUAGUUUUACAGCACGUUGAUGAAGAAAACGCGUUUCUUUGUGGCUAUCUAAAAAUAAUAGGUUUAACAGAGGAAUAUCCAUUAUUAACCACAUAUUUUGAUGGUGAAAUAAUUUGUGAUAAACAUCCAUUUCUAACAAGAAAAUGGGAGGCAAACGAAGAAGUUGACAGAAAACACUGGGGAAAGUUCCCUCUAUUUUAUCAAUUUGCCAAGAAUUUCAACAGCGAUAACUUUGAUUACAGACAGCUAAAUAAUUUGGACUUUGCAUUCAUGAGGUGGAAAGAACAUUUUCUUGUACCAGACCAUACAAUUAAAGACAUAAACGGUGCUUCGUUUGCCGGCUUCUAUUACAUAUGUUUCCAAAAGUCCACAGCAACCAUGGAAGGCUACUAUUAUCACAAAACAUCCGAAUGGUUUCAGACAUUAAACCUUCAUCAUGUUCCUGAUCAUAGUCCAUCUAUCUUUGAGUUCAGAUGAUAUUACUUUCGUAAAUAAAAAACUGUCAACCAAUACCUAAUUAUUGCCUCCACUUGUAAAACUCUAUCUACUCGAAAAGCUAUUAAUCAACUAUAUGAACAUACAUUGUCCAGCUACUAACAAAUACUAAAAUACUAAAAAUUUUUAUGUCUUAAGUAAACAAUAUGUCACUUCUCAAAACAGAGUUCUGGAGUUUGUUCAAUUGAUCUUUUGUGAUUUAUUAACAUUAGGCAUUGAACUGUGAGCAUGACAGAAUUAAUAUGAGUUCAUUGAUUUUACAAACAUUGGAUUUCACAAAAAAAACAUAUGGUUGAUAAUUUGACACAAAGCAUGAUGAAGAUACUUUGUGUUUUUAACAAAUGUUAGAGCUUUGUUUUGAAAGUGGACUGAAUUAAAUACCAACUGCAUAAAUUAUGCAGUCUAAAUCUUGCAAAUAUAUAAAUAAAAAAUGCUUUCAAUAAAAACACAAAACUGA